AAAGGAAGCAGUUGCUGAAUUCAUCGUUUAUUUGACUGUCAUAUUCGAGUUCUCUAUACGUUUUGGCAAAAGUAGAGGUUUUUAAACAUUCUUUGAAAUUCCAUUUGAAGCCAAACUGUUUCAAGGCACAGAUCUCUCUGAUCGAAGUUCCUUCUCUCUUCGGCAACUGCACUUGCUGUGAAUGCACCGGCUGUCAGCUGGAUUUCACAGCACACACGGUUACACACUUUGUUUUAUCGAGGCCUUAAGCGUUAGGGGGUUCUUUUGCUCACCAGAUGGGAGACACGUUGGGCACUAUGUUUGACAUGUAUGCCUAAGAAAGAACUCCCUCAUGGAUCAUGGCGUUGAUGUUUACAGGACCUGUCUUACUUUUAGCAUUAGUGAUGUUUGGUCUGUCUACUCUUGAGGAAUCUGUGAGCAAUUACUCUGAGUGGGCAGUUUUUGCAAAUGAGAUAGAUGAGUUUAAGACGCAGAGAGUGCACGAUUUGAGACCCAGCCAAAAGCUGAAGAAAAGUGUGCUUCAUCCCAGUCUUUAUUUUGAUGCUGGAGAAAUCCAGGCAAUGAGACAGAAAGCUCGUACAAGCCAUUUGCAUCUCUUUAGAGCGAUCAGAAGUGCAGUGACAGCGAUGCUGUCCAAUCCCACUUACUACCUACCUCCACCCAAGCAUGCUGAUUUUGCUGCCAAGUGGAAUGAAAUUUAUGGCAACAAUCUGCCUCCAUUAGCACUGUACUGUUUAUUAUGCCCAGAAGACAAAGUUGCCUUUGAAUUUGCCUUGGAAUAUAUGGACAGAAUGGUUGGCUACAAAGACUGGCUGGUAGAGAAUGCACCAGGGGAUGAAGUUCCAAUUGGCCAUUCUUUAACGGGCUUUGCCACUGCCUUUGACUUUUUAUAUACCUUACUAGAUAAUCAUCGGAGACAAAAAUACUUGGAAAAAAUAUGGGUUAUAACUGAGGAAAUGUAUGAGUAUUCUAAGGUCCGCUCAUGGGGCAAACAACUUCUUCAUAACCACCAAGCUACUAAUAUGAUAGCGUUACUCACUGGGGCCCUGGUAACUGGGGCAGAUAAAGGAUCCAAAGCAAACAUCUGGAAGCAAAUUGUAGUGGACGUAAUGGAGAAGACAAUGUUCCUAUUAAAUCAUGUUGUCGAUGGGUCUCUGGAUGAAGGGGUGGCCUAUGGCAGCUACACGUCUAAGUCAGUCACACAGUACGUUUUUCUUGCCCAGCGCCAUUUUAAUAUCAACAACUUGGAUAAUAACUGGUUAAAGAUGCACUUUUGGUUCUAUUACGCCACCCUUUUGCCAGGCUUCCAGAGAACUGUAGGUAUAGCAGAUUCUAAUUAUAAUUGGUUUUACGGUCCAGAAAGCCAGUUGGUUUUUUUAGAUAAGUUCAUCUUAAAGAACGGAGCGGGGAACUGGCUAGCUCAGCAGAUUCGAAAGCACCGGCCUAAAGAUGGACCCAUGGUCCCCUCCACAGCCCAGCGAUGGAGUACUCUUCACACUGAGUACAUUUGGUAUGACCCCCAGCUAACACCGCAGCCCCCUACUGAAUAUGGUACUGCAAAAAUGCACACAUUUCCCAACUGGGGCGUUGUGACUUACGGGGCCGGGUUGCCAAAUACGCAGACCAACACGUUUGUCUCUUUUAAAUCCGGGAAGCUGGGAGGGCGCGCUGUAUACGAC